UAAAGUGUUGAGUUCAUGUUGAUUCAAAAAGCCGCAACGGUAGGCCAAACCAAUCUAUCAAGGGUAUCUCUCACGCCCUACCCUAGGGCAACAAUCACUGCGCCAUGCAUACCCGCCGCUCGAAGCACAAUUCCCCAAAAAAACAACGCCCAUUCCCACAUCCAAAAUCAUACACCCAGAAAAACAGAGUCAAAGAAAUUCAAUCAUCCCGGUAUCCUCAACCUCCGAACCCAGCCCACCACCGAACCCAACCCGAGCAUCCCCUCCAUCCCCCCCUCCGGCCCAUCCCUCCGCGUCUUGCCCCCGAAACCACUACUCUCACAAGAACAAGAGCUUCCCAGUGGCAACGACUCCUUCACAUCCACCGCAUCUACUCGUUUCCGAGACGCGAAAAACCUGCCUGAGAGGCGAGCGGAACGGGAGGUGUGGGACGGCCGGCGUUCGGAUGGUGUAGAGGAUAUGGGUCUGGUUUCUGGUGCCGGGCCGUAGGGGAAGGUGGAUGGGGAAAAGGGGCCGCGCGGGCGAGAGUGGGAUGAUCCCAUUGCGCUGGUUGGUGCUUUUGAGAGUUCGGGUAGCGGUUGUAGGUUGGGAAAUCUCGGAGACGGACAGAGCGUGGUUGGAUGACUUGUGGUGCUAGUUCUUCUCUUGACGACGGCGAUUAUGAUCCAGUCACCAGUUCCGGUGUGUUGUAGUUGUAUUGUACUCUUCGAACGUAGACACCUGGGGGAAGGAAAUUCGUAAGGUUAUCCGUGUAGAAGUAAAAGAUUCGUUAUAGCGAAUGCGCGGCCCGCACGUCUUUGUUCUUCAGAAUGGGUUAUAUG